AUGGCUACUAAGCUCUUGUCCCGCUAUCCAUGGGCCAGCAGCCCCUUUAUCGUCGGCGCCCCAAUGCGCGUCAUGUCGGGACCGGCCCUUGCGCUGGGUGUCUCAACCGCAGGCGGACUAGGAUUCAUUGGACCAGGCGUCAAGACUCAAAACACUCAUGUCGACCUUGAGGAGACAUUGGCGUUAAUGCGCAAACAAGAUCGGGCCUCCGCCCUGCACUCACAUUUCUCGUCAACAUCCCUUCUCCCGGUGGGUGUCGGAUUUCAGCUUUGGGGAGACGACAUCGACGUAGCGGCCGCAGCAAUUCAAAAGUUCAAGCCAUGUGCUGCCUGGCUCUUUGCCCCACGCGAGGGCCCGCAAGAAUACGACGCCUGGUCGCGACGGAUCCGCGAGGUCUCUCCACAGACCCAAAUAUGGAUUCAAAUCGGCACAUUGAGAGAGGCGAAACAGCUCCUCCAGAUCUCAGAAAAACCAGAUGUUGUCGUUGUCCAGGGCGCAGAAUCGGGUGGCCACGGUCGCUCCGAGGAUGGGAUGGGCAUUAUGACGCUGUUCCCUGAAGUUGCGGAUGCCAUGCAAAGCAGUCAGAUCCCACUGCUGGCUGCGGGCGGUAUUGCUGACGGCCGGGGAGUUGCUGCGGCUUUGUGUUUGGGGGCAUCGGGUGUCGCGAUGGGAUCUCGAUUCUUGGCUGCUACUGAAGCUCGGAUUAGCAAGGGAUACCAGGAUGAGGUUGUGCGCGCGACCGAUGGGGCGGCAUCAACCAAGCGAACUUUGCUCUACAAUCAUCUCAGGGGUACCUUUGGAUGGCCCUCUGGGUACAGUCCUAGGACCAUUAUCAACAAAUCAUUUAUCGAGCAUCAGGCAGGCACUUCUUUUGAAGAAUUGAAAACCCGGCAUGACGAGGCUUCGAAGAUGGGUGAUGCCGGUUGGGGGCCGGAAGGAAGACUCGCAACCUAUGCCGGUGCCUCGGUAGGCUUGAUUCCGGAUGUACGACCCGCAGACAGCAUUGUGCAAGGCCUACAAAAGGAUGCCCUGGAAAGACUCAAGUCUCUCACCCCCAGCAGGCUAUAA